ACGGGGGUCACAUGAUGUUGAUGUGAGGAAAGCUGGCUGCACACCCUGCAUUUACGGGGAGUGGGAGGAAAAGGGGCGCAAGUCUCCCGCACUGGGAUCAGUCCGGUAUUAGCUGAGGGCAGCAGACACGCUCCCACACGCCGAGCUAUGCGUUGCCUCCGGUAUGUAGUGCCACGCCUCUCCCCGCCCACCUUCACGCCGGCCACGCCCUCCCAGAGCACCAACUUCGCUGAGUGAGUGAGUGAGUGAGUGUGACACGGUCCGGCGCCUCUUCUCUUAUCGUGUCCUCUGGAUGAGCAGAGCCCGAGCGCUGAGGAGUCUCAGGACUGGAGGAAUAACCACUGCCUUUAUUCCAUCGCUACAAGUGCCGAGCGCUUUCUCCCGCCCCAGGCGCCGCUGAGCCAAGUAAGUGAAGUGGCAACCGAUAUCUUCAAUUCCAAAAACCUGGCUGUACAAGCCCAGAAGAAGAUUCUUGGCAAGAUGGCUUCAUCUAAAUACAUAGCAACGUCCCUGAUUGAUGAUACAAGUGGCGAAGUUCUAGAUGAACUCUACCAAGUGACUAGGGAGUACACCCAGAACAAGAAGGAUGCCGAGAAAAUCACAAAGAACCUCAUCAAAACAGUCAUCAAGCUGGCAGUCUUGUACCGAAACAACCAGUUUAACGAGGAAGAGAUUGGUCUUAUGGAGAAGUUUAAGAGAAAGGUCCAUCAGCUGGCCAUGACUGUGGUCAGCUUCUAUCAGGUGGAAUAUACCUUUGACCGAAACGUGCUUUCCAAAUUGUUAAACGAGUGCAGGGAGCUGCUUCACCAGGUCAUACAGCGCCAUCUCACGGCAAAGUCUCACGGACGUGUUAAUAACGUGUUUGACCACUUUUCAAAUUGUGAAUUUUUAGCUGCUCUGUACAAUCCCUUUGGACCUUACAAAAAACACCUUCAGAGACUCUGUAACGGAGUCAACAAAAUGCUGGAUGAAGACAAUAUUUAAACAUUUUACUAACGUUCAGAGGCAACGGUGUUACUGAACCAGCAGCGACUGGGAGUUACGAAGGGCCGAGGGGCCGAUCAGAAAAGAGGAUUUUGUUUGCUGAUACGGAAAACGUGUACUGGACUGACCCUGUGUAGGUUGCUCUUUUCAGGCCUUUACAGAAGUGGUGUAUCGGUUUCCAGUUAGAAUAACGCAGAUUCAUCCAGUUAAUGUUGUGUAUCCAGUGGCUUAUACAUGAAACAAAGCAAACUUUUAGAACUUGAUUCCCAAGGCAAUGCACGGAAAUGGAACAUUUCCCUGAGAUUCUAAAUGAAUGAGUUUAUUUAUGGUCUUAUAAAAGGUACCUUGAUUGGAUCCUGUUCCCUUUAUGUAUAUAAAAUGUGCAUUCUGAUACCUUUUGCAUUUAUACAAUCCUAAUAUGGAAAUGAAUAAAAGGCAGCUUUCUUUGCUUCUUCUAAAA